GGAGGAUCAGCAUAAAAAAGCAUAAAAACGUAUUUUGGCAAAUUAGAAGGAAUGCAAGGGGGGAUUUCCACUCCUGAGCCGCCAUUACCGAAACCUACCGGGGAUGGUGACACGAGUGUUGAGAGUGGCAGUAGUGUCACCGCUGAGUCACCCUCCUCCUCCUCGCUGGGGCCUGUGGAGAUUAUCCGGGCUGAAUUUACUAAGGGCAAUCGUCCAGUGAUAGGAUCACCAAUCUGGCCGUAUGUGUUGGUGCGAGAGGUUCCCUUGGAGGCUCUCAAUCAACGACGAACAUCUGUAGGGUGUGGCGCAGUCGAGCAGGCUGCUGUUGCUAGUACGGCGCUGAGUGCUGCGAAGACCUGGGAGGCCGGGGAGAAUGAUAAGAGAGUUUCUUGGCAAUGGUAUCGCGGACCGUCGAUUCACAACUGCGUGUAUCACCCUCAUAGACCCGGCACCAUUCGAGACGUCGCUAGGACUUUUAGAUUUUACUGUUCUCCGGAGUGCUUAAAACAAGGAUAUAGGUUUUUGGCGGAUGAGCAUUGUCUCCCCUGCCCAGCUAGUGAUAAGGAAGAUGAUUGUAUGUACUGUCCCUGGGCUACCAUUGAGGAGGACGAGGCAGCGGAGCACAGCACUACGGCAACGUUAGGACCGGACUUAGCAGCACCAGGAAGUGGUCGUGACCAAUCGCCUGUUAAUGAAGCACCUGCAUUAGCAGGAUCAUGUUGGACUGCUGUAGCAAAUACGCGGACGUAUACGCCGACACCCGAAGAUACCGAUCGGGUGCUCUGUGUGAAAGUAUACAGCACUGAGCCGAUACCAUACCACUCCUCCUCCUCAGCUACUCGCAUGUGUAGGGUAGCGGAUGAUAGAGUAGAUGACGAUAGCAGCGAAUCAGAGGAUGCAUGUAUGGCUGAUCGGGAGGGGACGGGGAGGUCUCGGAGGAGUGAUAACGCCUCCACGGACUCAGGGCCGGUUAUCGCGGGUGGUACUCUCCAACCAUUGACAUCGAUCUCACAAACUGGCAGCGGAUCUGUGUAUCUAAUGACCAUGCCGUGCUUUGACCCGAUGACUUAUUCUCCACCACUUCGAGAAAUGCUGUCGGUUUAUGGGGCGUUGGAUCACAUAGCCACGGGUCAGGCGAUAAAGCUGUUGAAUUGGAAUAUCCUUGCGGAUGUUGACGCCGGGGAUGUUAAAUUGUGGCAGGCUAUGUGCAUGCUGGAAGUUGUACAGGGCUGGAGUAACAGCCAAAAUGGAGUGCUACCGGUCAUCGUGUGUGGUGAUUUUAAUUCAACACCGGAAUCGGCGGUUUAUGAACUCCUCACGACUGGUCGGCUGAGCCCCUCCUCAAUACCGGAUGACCCUUAUGGUAUACUUCCACCGGUAAACCAGAUGCACCACUCAUUGCCAUUGCGUUCGAUAUAUCCGGCUGUAGUUAAUAGUGAAGCUACUUAUACGAAUUACACGCAGAAGUUUCAGGGUACGCUGGAUUAUAUAUGCUUUACUCAAAAUUCUCUUCGAGGCCUGGCAGUGUCUAACACAUACAGUUAUGAGGAGCUGAGUGCUGAAACGGCGCUGCCGAGCCCAACACAACCUAGUGAUCAUAUACUAACUGUUGGUGUGUUUGCAUACACGUAG